CGACGGGCCGAGCCGCCCGCCGCGGCCCACGCUCGCCCUGCCGCCGCGCUCCGCCGUCGAGUCCCUCUUCGCCUCCUCCGGCGCCUCCUCUGCCGGCGCCGCCGCCGAGACCAGCCCCGGCCCGCUCACCCUCGCCGCCGCGCUCUUCCCCGAUGGCGCGCCCUCCCCGGCUUUCCACGGCUCCUUCACCCAGCUCCUCGUCGGCGCCAUAGGCUCCCCGGCCGCCGUACCCUCGCCGCCCUCUCCGUUCGCCGUCCCGCCGGGGCUCAGCCCGGCCACGCUCCUUGGCUCCCCCGGCCUCUUCUCUCCCACGGGGAGUUUUGAGAUGUCUCAUCAACAAGCCUUAGCACAAGUAACAGCACAAGCAGUCCAUUCUCAGUACAAUAUGAUAAAUCACGCAGAUUACGCUAUCCCUUUUUCGUCUACAACAACACCAGCUUUGAUCACAGCACAGCAUGCCAAUUCUUCUGCCAAUGUGACAUCAGCACAGGAGAAACCAGCUCUGCCGUCACAUACAGGUAAUAGCAAAAUUGAAUCAAAUGAGGUUUCACAAGGACUCAAACCUUCUGCACCCACUUUUGAUAAACCUGCUGACGAUGGGUACAACUGGCGGAAGUAUGGCCAGAAGGCAGUUAAGGGUGGCGAGUAUCCGAGGAGUUACUACAAAUGUACCCACGCGAGUUGUCCAGUUAAGAAAAAAGUGGAGCGCUCAGCAGAAGGAUACAUCACUCAAAUAAUUUAUAGAGGUCAGCACAACCACCAGCGACCUCCAAAAAGGAGAUCCAAAGAUGGUGGUGGUUUACUAAAUGAAGCAGAUGAUUUCCAUGAGAAUGAAGACACUUCAACUAGAUCAGAACCUGGUUCUCAAGAUCACUCUGGAAAACAUGAGGGGUCAAAUGAUGGCAUAGCAGGGCCUUCAGUGUCAAGAAGGGGAGAGGGACAUGAGCAAUUGUCAGGCUCAAGUGAUAGUGAUGAGGAGCGAGAUGAUGAACAAAGGGCUGGCAAUGGAGAUCCUGGCUAUGCAAAUGCAAACAGAAGACAUGUGCCAACUCCAGCUCAAAGGAUAAUUGUGCAAACAAACAGCGAGGUUGAUCUUCUGGAUGAUGGCUAUCGAUGGCGCAAGUAUGGACAGAAAGUGGUAAAAGGGAAUCCCCAUCCGAGGAGUUACUACAAAUGCACCUAUCAAGGGUGUGAUGUGAAGAAGCAUAUUGAAAGAUCAUCCCAAGACCCAAAGGCCGUCAUAACAACAUACGAAGGGAAGCACAGCCAUGAUGUUCCAGCAGCCAGGAACAGUAGCCAUGCUGCUGCCAAUGCAAAUUGUUCAUCUUCCACCAGUGUACCACACAGGGUCCAGAGUUCAGCGUCCAGUAGUCGCAGAGUGGCAGACUUACAAAGCACAUCCUCAGCUUCUUCUAUGCUACUAAAAGAGGAAAACGAAAUAACAUAAGAGUUUUGGAGUGUGUAGCAGGGUAAAUUAUCUCUGUUCUCUCAUCCAUUUCCUAGGUGUGCUGCUUCACGCUCUGCGCCGCAGCAAAAUUGGCAUUGUAAGCUCCAGUCUUUGGUUUUAGUCAAGAGCGAGCUCUUUCGUUUGUGCCCUUCCAAAAGCCUGCACACCCAGUUUGGCUGCGUGAUGUAUGUUAUGAUGUGAUUACGCCCAUCGGUUGUAAAUGCUAUCAGUCGUUCCCCUGGAGAACUAUAGUAGAUGACAGCCUUCAUCGGCGCAAGCAUAUAUACUCGAUUUAAAACCUUUAACUGAGAUAUGUUUGUAGAUACACGGCUUCCUUCCUGGUCUUUGUAAGUGCUAUUUCGACAGGAUAUACAAAGUUAUAUAGUUGCUGAUGACUGAUUUGCCGUUGGCCUCA